AUGAAAGAAACGGCAACCAAAUCAAAUGAACAAAUAAAGCGAAUAAAACCUACAUCGGCCCGUUCUGCAAAAAGUUCGCCGAUUCCACCUCCAUUGCAAGAAGCACCGCCAAUAUCACGCCAUCGUAAUAAAGGACUGGAAACGUCAUCAGCAAUGAUGGAAUUAUUCGGUGGAGGCUCAUCUUUUGGCACGACAUCGGUUUUUAAUGAAAUCACUCAUCCACGAGAAUCACGCAAUUUCCACAGGAAAAAUGUGCUGGAGAAAGAAAUGCAGGAGUUUUCUGAAUGGGAGACUGUAAAGCAUCCACCUGUAAAGGGUCCAUUCUUUUCGGAAAUUGAAGACCAUGGCCAGGCUUGGGAGCGAGCACGGAAACGUGGAAACUGGCGGUCAACGACGAGCCAUUUUGAUCAGAUCACUCAACCUGGCCCUGAAGUUUUCGAAGACUCUAGCAGCGGGUCCAAUACGGAGCAAGUUAUCGACCCAGAAACCUCUGCCGAUGCUGCCAAUGUAUCCGAGCGCGAAACGCCUAAAUUGGGAGAUGAUUGGACGGAAGCGAAGGAGGAUGUGUUGGGGACGCCAGUAUUGUCCGAGGAAGAGAAACUACGAAUGAUGGAAAGCGAGCCAGGUCCAGAUCUCGGUGACGAUGAGAUACCCGAUCCAAGCUUUUAG